UGAAUAUCAUUUUUAUAUAUUCCUACUCAACACAUGUUUGUAUUGUAAUGCCACUAUUUUUUUUAAUUGUAUUUUAAAGUCCGGCCAAAUAUGUAUGACAUUUUACUCCACAAAAGUAUACAUAUUCAGGGACAGAACCUUUAUAUCCAGUCUAUGGACAGAACACGUUUUAUUUCGCAUCUGGAAAUAUAUAUUUUAGGGGAUUCUCGCGCCCUGACCGGUGUCUAUAUAUUGGUGGCAGGUGUCACCCAGCUUCAGUAGGAGCCUGCACCUGUUGACGGCUCAUUAGUCACAGACUGUUUGUUGCGUAUCGAGAAGAAGUGUUGUGUUUGCUGAUGUUUCCCUCGUCUGGUCUUUUUGCUGAUAUAAACUGUCCAUUCUCAAAACGUGGGCUUUGUGAGCGACCUCACUGUUUGUACAAACAUGCCACGGAACUGCGGGAUAAGUUUGGCGCCAAGUCUGCCAACUAUAAAUCAUCGAUAGUUGAUUUUGCAGGAGUUCAAAAUGGCUAUGCAGUGAAUGAUGAGACCAAAGAUGACUGCCUCCAAGAGCUGGAGAGGAUCAACAAGGAGAUUGAAACUGUAAGGCAUGAGGUAGAGCAGGAGCAAAAGCGACUGUCACGCUACCAGACCGUACAGGCAGACAGCAAAAACACUGCUACUCUUUCCACGCCUGAGACUGCAGGUAAAGUUAAAGGUACCUGUGGGCGAUCUUCAUACACAACCUUUACAAAAACGUACUCCCGAGAACGGAAGUACGUAGUUGACAAUUCAAAACCAAGGACUGAUUUGGAGUAUGACCCUCUGUCCAACUUUUCUGCUGGCAUACGGUCCUACAGCUCAGCAGGUAAAGAGCAAAAAGGGAAACAUGGACAAGGUUUGAAAAGGGCAAGAAAUGCUGUUCCUUGUGACCAAAAUAAACCAGUUUUAUGUCAGCCUGGGCCUUCCUGCUCGCCUUCUCCAGAGCCCCUUGAUGACUCUAAUGAAGACAGCGUCCUGAUUAUCGAUAUUCCUCCCUCGCCUGACAAAAAAAGAGUGAGAGCUCAACAAUCUGGUGAUUCUCUUGCUGGCAAAUACCUCAAGGAAGAAGCAGACAAAUUGGAGGUUAAAAAAACACAUAUUUUACUUCUAAACACUGAGGCGUGCAAAGUAACAUCUCAACCCGCAUCAAAGAUAAAAGGAAAUAGACUUUCUAGUAACUGCGUAGCUGAAAACACGAAAAGUCAUAUUAAUGUUUAUGAGAACAGAGAAUGUGAAAAUAUACCAGUUGAUGGGAGUGUGGUUGAGUUAACUGGCUUUUCAGAAGACCUGCGAUGUGAAACUCAGGAAAUGACUCACUUUCAGGCUGCAGAAGAAGUAUUUGAGAAAAUUACUGGACCUGCAAGUCCUGCCAACUUAGACCAGCAAGUUAACGACUGGAACGAUCUGGUGUUUGAAAAGGAAGAAGACACGUUUCAGUUUGAAUUUCCUCAGUGUGAGCUCCCCAAUUUUGCUGAUAAAAUGAUUCUACUGCAGUCGCAUAAUUUUCCACCAAAUAAUUCACUUUUUUAUAACGCUCCAGAUGCUAAUUCAGGCUCUCUGUGUACGCAACAAACUAAGCAAGCCCAGGCAGCAGAGCAGCCUGCUCAGAACAGGGUUAGUUAUCAGCCAGGACAGAUGCAGGGUCAAGCUGCUGCACCUGAAAACUACCUGGAGCCAGCAGAGCCCACUUCAGACCAUGGCAACGGUCAAGCUUGGCAUGAGUCAUCGGCAUCAAAUAUGAUCACUGGAGCUGAAUCGGUAAGCCCAUCCAAUGAACAGCUUUUGGUGAAAGAAAAGACCGUGGGGGAAAUACUCAUUAGUUCUAGCUCUGAUGACGACGAUCAACUGAACAAUUCGGAUAUGGAGCUGUCGGACAGUGACCCAAUGGAGGAAUGCUACAGGAUCUUCAUGGAGGCCAGCGAGAAUAAUGGAAAUGAGGAGCAGCCCAAUGUAUCUGUUGGAGCUAUGGAAGAAGAGAAGACGAAGUUAGAUGUCAAACAACAAGCAUUGCCAGGAAAGAAGAGGCUGGCUCAUGAAGCCAAACGUAUAGAGCCAGCGAGUAAGAGCAGACCUCAACCCCAGGUGCUGGUUCCCCUGCGUGGGCCUGCGGUGUCAGGAUUUGCCUCCCAGCCCUCCAUCACCCCUGAGAUCCAGCAGGUACAGCAGAGAGCCUCCAUGCUGAUGGCUUCAGUUAAAGGUGUUCAGCCUCUGGUUCACUCCAUCUCUCAGAGGAGGCUAGAGACCCAGGUUGCACCUUUGCAUUCAAUUCAAACACCUGAAAGCCUGCAGCCUGCUCCUGUGCAAAAUACUUACAUGAACUACAUAUCUUUGGGAACGGCUGUGAUCGGAGUGGGCAACAACUUGCACUUGAUCCUCCCAGAAGGCACCUUUCCUCUGCCUGUCACUUCCAGUUCCAGCCAAGUUACUUCAGUGCUAACCCCAAUCAGUCAUUUGCCUACAAGCUAUGGCGCUGUAAGACAAAUGUACCAUCUACCUGCAGUAACCCCCAUGCAAAGAUACCGCACAACAGCACCUGUGCUCAUCCCUGCGCCGGCACGUAAACCUUCCCUGACCUCUGCCUUUGCAGCAACACUUUCAAGUCCAGCCGCUUCCACUACCUCUCAAACUGCUGUCCAUGCUGGCCUUAAGCUGGUGCCUACUAAACGUAAGAUGAAGCAGCAGUGCGAGACGGUCAAAGUUCCCCAUGACACCCGACAACGUUAUGUCAACUUGUUUACAGAGGAGUUCCUCAAGACAACAGCCAAUGUUAAUGAUGCCUUUGAAAAGGCACUUGCUGAAGAGAAGGCUGUGUAUAAUCGCAGUAUGAACAAACUCAAAUAUAUGAGUGUUGCUGUAAAUGCACUGAAGAAGCUGAAGAACCAAGUGGCUGUUGCUGAUAAAGAUGAAAAUGAAGUUAACAGCCAACAAUCCAAAGGCAACAUUCCCCUUAAUCUGAAGUUGAAAGGAAACGAUGAUACGGCAUUGUAUGAGAGCUUGAAGGAAUAUGUUUUGUCUGAGGAAACGCUGGUUGAGAGCAACUUUCCUGUCCAGCACCCAGAGAAACCUGGCUGUGCUGUUCUUUUUGCUGACAACAAGAAAGGCCACGCAGACCCCCUCAAGAGGAUCUGCUGCCGAUGUGGUGCUACGUACUCUGUGAGCCAAACGGGCAAGCACAUUCGUAAGGAGGAGUGUAACUACCACUAUGGGAAAGGAGUUACAAAGAAAGUGCCAGGUGGAGUUGAGACGCGCUACAGCUGUUGUGAGGGAGUCAUGGGAGCACCUGGAUGUCAGGUGUUUAAGCUGCAUGUCCAUGACUUCAUCAGCAUGGAUGGGUUUGUGUCGACCGUUCCCAGAUGUCCCUCAGAUACGAGCUGUCCUGGGGUCUACUCCUUGGAUUGUGAAAUGUGUUACACCAUUCAUGGCCUGGAGCUGUCCAGAGUGACUGUAGUCAACUGUAAUCUGCAAGUUGUCUAUGAUGCCUUCGUCAGACCUGAUUAUGAAGUCAUUGACUAUAACACCAGGUUUUCAGGCAUCAGUGAAGAAGAUCUUAAAGGGAACCACACCUCCCUCAGAGAGGUGCAGGAGACCUUAUUGAGCUUCAUCAGCACUGACACCAUUCUUAUUGGACAUGGCCUGGAAACAGACUACUAUGCCUUGAAGUUGCUCCAUGGGACGGUGGUAGACACAUCAGUGGUCUUCCCACAUCGUCUGGGCCCCCCUCACAAGCUGACCCUCAACAAACUCACCGCUGAUUACCUCAGGAGAAUCAUCCAAGAGAGUGUUUGUGGCCAUGACACUGCAGAUGAUGCUGCUGCCUGCAUGGAGCUUAUGUUAUGGAGGGUCAAAGAAGAUGGAAAAUUCAAAAAAUGAUGGAAAUAAACCAUGAUAAUCGCCACACUUUUCAUACAUGAAUAAUAAAACGCAUGCUGUCAUGCAAGUAUGUCACAUCUAUUUUGUUCUAAAAACAUUGGAGGGCUGUUUCUGUUAUUUGUUUACAUCACUUGAUUUAUGUUAGUUACAGUAUUUUCUGUACGUUACAUUUUGAUUUGCAGCCCAUGUAUCCAUGCCUGUAUACAUAAUUGUGAAAUCCUGUAGGAUGGGGUGUCAUCAAUAUUUUCCAAGUAAAGGCACAUAAUGAAAUCAA